CAUGUGAGAGAUAUGCAUCUGAUUUUCAUCUUAUAUUCAAAGGCAAAAUAUAUUCGUGUGACAUGAACAGUGGACGCAUCACCUCAGACAGCGUGAGACACGCAACGUUAAUGUAUCAUUAAACGAAACUAUCGAUUUACACGAACAAUAGCACAUCUGGUUCAGGCAGGUGUCGACACGCCGAAGGUUUUAGCACAAUAAAACACUUUAACUAUUGUCAAACACACCCGCCUCGGAGACUCUAUCACCAGGGAGUAGGGUUCAAAUCGUGACCGUCUUUUGGACAUCACUUUUAGAUGAUAUGAUUUGUGAAUUUGAUUAGUAUAAAUAGUAAGAGGAGCGUGUGUCUGUAUCACUCAAGUGGAAGCGCUCGGGAAGAUACCUGACAGAGGAACAGGCGAACUUUGACUUGACGAACUGCACUGUCUCUAACAUCAUGAAGGUCUUCGUAUUCAUGAGUCUUCUGUCUUUCACUCUGGCUGAGCCACCAGUCGGAGACGGUUACCCUUCAUCACGAUCAGCUCACCACCACGAUCAUGGACACCAAGGAUCGCUGACUCAAGAGUAUGGAGUUCCAGAAUUUGGAGCACGGAACCAACAGGAGUACGCUGUAACAGCUGCAAGGUCUCAACCUUCAAAAACAUACGGAACCCCGACGAGGUCAUCUAUCUCUCGGGAAUAUGGAACACCCAACCUUCGGUCAGGACUCUCCCAAGAGUACGGCCCUCCCAGCUUCAGAUCCGCUCCAUCAUUACAAUAUGGAGUCCCUCAUUCCCGCGGCCUGUCUCCACAGUACGGUCCACCGACCAGUCAUUCCUCUCCAUCCAGCCAAGAUUCAUAUAAACAAGACGUCGUUAUCCAAAGUGCUCGUUUGUCUCAAGACUUUGCGCCACAAGUCAAAUCUGCUUCUCUCCCAAGCUUCAAUGCCAGUGCUGAUUACUCCUCAGACUCGUAUUCAGUUCCACCUCAAGGAUCCUACGAUUACAACCAGCUCGAACAACGCACUCCGUCCCAAGGCUAUGGAGUCCCAUCUCAGAGAAGCAAUGAACAGUCUCCCGCUAACAAAUACGGUCCUCCCGGUUUGAGGAGUGCUCAGUCGUUUGGUCAAAUAAGAAAGCAAGCGUCUUCGGCUGGAUUUAAUGCCAAGACUUCAUCUGUGACAAGAAGCUUCCAAUCAUCUUUCGGUUCCAAAAACUCUGCGUCACCAACUUCUGGAACUCCUCGGUCUUUGUCCACUGUAUAUGGAGCUCCGAGUUCAAGGAACUUUAAUUCUUAUUCCCAAAGUCCAAAGACCGUUUCUCAGACUUACCUGCCCAGUUCCCGUACUGUGUCUCAAUCCUAUGGGGUUCCGAGCGAGCGUGGAGUCUCAACUGAAUACGGUGUGCCAGAAAAUGAUUUUAACUUAAAGAAUAGUGCUGAAAUACCACAGUAUGAUCUUGCAAGAUCGCCGUCUUCUCUAUACGGAGCGCCUGAAGCCCGCAUGCCCUCAGAGCAGUACGGAACACCACAGCAGUAUAGUUCCCAGGACUCUCAAGGAUACAACUAUGACAGAAAUGCUCUCGACGAACUUCUGAACCAAGUAAAUAUUGCUUUCCCGUUACUUUACUUCCCUAACAGCAGAAAUCAUGCCUUUUUCGAAAGAGCUUUGGUUAUUUGUGUUAAUAAUAUUGUUAUUUCCCAGGAGCCAGCUAACUACGACUUCGGAUACAAAGUCAACGACCUUGAGAGCGGCAGCGACUUCGGUCACUCGGAGACGAGACAGGAGAACAGGGCCGAGGGCUCGUACUUCGUGGUGCUGCCUGAUGGAACCAAACAGAUCGUGGAGUACGAAGCUGACGAGCGAGGAUUCAAACCCAGGAUCUCCGUGGAGCAGGUCGACGUCCGGAGCGGAGGCUACGAUGACAACGCUGCCGACCUCCAACGAUCAGCUGACGGACCUUACUAGACAGAGACCUCGGCUUGACGUAUUCGGACUCACUCAACACGUGGACUAUUGUUACGGAAUUGAUGAAGGUUCAUUGACCUCUGUGCCAUUCUUAGGAGUUACGUAUUUUGUAAAAUAACUAUAGCUUAGGUUGGAAUGGCAACUGCUUUAAAUACUCAAUAUAUUUAUUGUAAGCAAAAAUAAAAAUGUAUAAAAAAAUAACUCAAUGUACAUGGAUAUGUGCU